AUGAACCCCACUUUAGAGCUUGUGCUGCGCUCACUAACGCCCACGCACAAGAUCAUCCAUUGCGCGCAGAAGACGGCGAAACUAUCGAGACUACCAGAGACUGACGAGGAUCGAGGUGCUGCUGUACUCGCAGGGGGCUCCAUGAAGACAACAAGUGAAGAGACCAACAUACCGUACAUUACGCUUAACGCUAUCGACCAAAUUUGGUGCUCUGAGCAUGGACGCUUCAUCUUUCUUCUGCAGGUAGGGGUGGGUAGUACACACAAUCCGAUCAAUCGAGAUGUAUCUUCUGACGGAUCCGAUUGGCUCAAUCCGAUUUUCGAUCUGCUUCGAUAG